CUGGGAUAUAUUAGGGUGGUCCUUCUCACCACCAUUUUGCUUCUUUUCUCUUACUUAGCUAGAACCCAAUAUACUCUUCGUUUAUGCCUUUCCGUGCGCUCCAUCAUCUGCGAUAGCCAGACUUUGUUUGGGGCCUCCUCACCGACCCUAGCAAGCUGGGGGGCUGGGGCGGCGGACUGUUCUGGGAGGCCGAUGAGUGCGCGAGACGGGAGGCUGGAGAGCGAGGUGCUUCCGUUGGACGAGACGGUUAUUGGUGUUGAGGUCACGGAAGCAGCGCUAAGACAGGGUGGGAUCUGCUACCCUGACCUGAUUCAGGGUGAUGUGUAUGGUCCGAAGAGUCUGCCCAACAGGGGCAGGGCUUGAUUACCAUGGUGGUUCUGGUGCCCGCCGGGACCAGCUGCCGUGCAAUCCGGCAAACCUCACUUCUGGGCGGAUCAUCUGUAACAGCAUUUGUCUUUCCCCUGCUGUGGCAUGCAUGAGAAGACUCGAACCUUGGGAACGGCCGGUCUGUUGGGACGUUG